CGUACGCAGCAAGGCCGAAAAAAUGUUGUGUAUAGAAGCCUGUAAGAAAUGUCAGAGUCAAGGAAAUUAAAAUCUGCGAAAUGGAGACUUCAAGUGCAGGUGCUGACUUCGGUGUUAAUCUCUGUUUCAUUUGUGUUGUCUCUUAAAUAAUCGAAGAUGACAUCUGCAAUGUGGACAAAAAGAAGGUCUAACAAAACACCGAUGAUUCGAGAGAAAAAAUAUGCUCUAGUAGAGUUUCCGACAAAAAUAGCAGAACAACAACCUGUUGUUGAUUUGAUCCUUUCAAGUUGGAUCAUUGAAAAUACGCAGACAUGCUUUUAUCCAAAGCGGAAGGAUUAUUCUGAAAUAAAUAAUUGGAUUCAGGAGGAUAAAAAUCCAGAUGAUUCUUGGCUGAAGAAUCAAAAAAUUAAAAUCAUCAAAAAAUACAGAUCUUUGGAGAAGGCAAAACGCGGUUUGAAUAAGUAUCUGCUCACGCUUAAAGCAGGUGAUACCACUGAAACGUUUUUUUCAGAAAAUCAUGAAGAAUCCGAACCUUGAAGAAAUACCAUCCCGGCUGCUCGAGAGAAGCAUCACACUACGGGCGUUAGAGAGCAAGGAGUUCUCCAUAAAUCUUCAAAGCGAACAUCAGAUUCUACUCUUUCAGAAAA